UGUUAUUAUAUAUAAAUGCGACGAUCCCGUUUCGAGUUUUCAUAGUGAUUGACUUGCACUAGCUCUUGACCACGUGAGAAGCUCUGCAAGGGGUAGAGAGAGAGAGAGAGUGAGAGUGAGAGAGAAAGAGAGAGUGACAAAGAAUUCUUGUGGUUGCUGAAGAUAAAACAUGGCUGAUAUGAGCGAGACGACUACCCACGACUUUCAGUCCCUUUUCUCUUCUGUGGAGAGAGAUUUUCUUGUCCGAAACAACGGUGAUCAGGUUAAAAUAGACAGCUUGAAGGGGAAGAAGUUUGGGUUGUAUUUUUCAGCAUCAUGGUGUGGACCAUGUCGUCGAUUCACCCCAAACUUAGUGGAGGUGUACAAUGAAGUUGCCUCAAAAGGUGAUUUUGAGGUUGUCUUUGUCUCAGCUGAUGAAGAUGAGGAGUCAUUCAGAGGGUAUUUCUCUAAAAUGCCAUGGCUUGCAGUCCCAUUUUCUGAUUCAGAGACACGUGAUCGGUUGGAUGAACUGUUCAAGGUCAGUGGGAUACCACACCUUGUGAUCAUUGAUGAAAAUGGGAAAGUCGUGACUGACAGUGGUGUUGAAAUUAUUGGGGAAUAUGGAGUUGAAGGAUAUCCUUUCACCACAGAAAGGAUAAAAGAACUAAAAGACCAAGAAGAAGCAGCUAAACGGGAACAGACCUUGAAAUCAAUCUUGGUCUCACCUUCCCGUGACUUUGUAAUCUCACCUGAUGGAAGGAAGGUACCUGUUUCAGAACUUGAAGGGAAAACAGUCGGUCUGUAUUUCUCAUAUUCUUCGUACAAGUUAUGUGUUGAAUUUACACCAAUAUUAGUUGAGGUUUAUGAGAAGCUCAAAGCUAAAGGAGAGAGCUUUGAGAUUGUGUUGAUUCCACUUGAUGGUGAUGAAGAAUCAUUUGAGCAAGAUUUUAAAAGUAUGCCUUGGUUUGCUUUGCCUGUCAAGGACAAGAGCUGUGAAAAGCUUGUCCGUUAUUUUGAGCUCUCAACCCUUCCAACUUUGGUUGUUAUUGGCCCAGAUGGUAAAACUGUCCAUCCAAAUGUUGCUGAAGCUGUUAAAGAGCAUGGGGUUCUAGCAUACCCAUUCACCCCAGAGAAGUUCAAAGAGCUCCUUGAGAUUGAGAAGGCAAAAGAGGAAGCUCAAACCCUUGAGUCAAUAUUGGUUCUUGGAGAUCUAAAUUAUGUCAUUGGAAAAGAUGGGGCCAAGGUACCGGUAUCUGAACUUGUUGGAAAGAACAUUCUACUUUAUUUCUCUGCUCAUUGGUGUCCACCAUGUCGUGCAUUCCUGCCUAAGCUUAUUAAAACAUACCACGACAUCAAGGCAAAAGACGAUGCAUUUGAAGUGAUAUUCAUUUCAAGUGAUCGUGAUCAGUCCUCCUUCGAUGAAUUCUUUUCAAGUAUGCCUUGGUUAGCCCUUCCUUUUGGUGAUGAGAGGAAGAAAACCCUCCAAAAAAAAUUCAAAAUCCAAGGCAUUCCUGCAGCGAUAGCCAUUGGCCCCUCUGGCCGGACAGUGAACAAGGAAGUGCGACAGAUCAUAGCCAUCCAUGGGGCCGAUGCCUAUCCAUUUACCGAAGAGAAGUUGAAGCAGCUGAAUCAACAGUUGGAGGAAAUGGCAAAGGAGUGGCCUGAGAAACUGAAGCAUGAGUCGCAUGCAGAACAUGAGCUUUUGCUCACUCGUCGCAAUCAAUACAACUGUGAUGGGUGUGAUGAGAUGGGAUAUACAUGGUCUUACUACUGUGAGAAUUGUGACUUUGAUCUCCAUCCAAAGUGUGCUUUGAAGAACGAUGAAGAAACAGGCAAUGGUCCAACAGAGAAGCAGGAAUUCGUUUGUGAUGGUGAUGUGUGCCGGAGAGUUUAAGAAACUUUAUAACUUAUGCACCAUAUAUAUCUAUGUGGUUUUAUGAUCAUGGUUUCUAGUUUUAUGUCUAGUGCUUGUAACUGUGUUGUGCUUGUAACUAUGUUUACUCUGGUGACUGGAUAAUGAAAACCACAAUGCCGCUGUGGGUAUGGAAUGCUGUGCUAUGCAGUCGGAGUUGAAAUAAGAACAUGUAUAUCUUCUAUUUUGUGUAAUUUUAUAUUUUUAUUACUAUUA